AUGGCUAAUGAAAGCGAUGUUAAGUCAAUAAUGACUUUUUCUACUAAGUCUGAAGCAAGCACAGCGCUUCAGAACAUAAGUCGUUGGAAGAAUGCACCUCUCCAUGAACGUUGUACCAUUACAGACAUGUUGAAAAUAAAAGAUGCUUUUCAAGCAAAUAUGAAUAAAAUGCUUCCGAAUGAAUUUAGAAAUUUGUUAAGAACGUUACUUAACGUUGAAUAUGACGACGACGAUUAUAAAAUAUUGUUUAUGAAAAUUAACACAAAUCGAACCGGUGAUAUAGAAUGGGACGAUUUAGUCUCUCAUCUACUGCUGGGGUACUUCGCGAGUGGUGCAGAGGAGCAGCGCGAAUCCCUACAGCCGCCUAUCAUGGGUCUACCCACCGUCAUGCGCUCGCAACACCGACAUCCUGUUUCGAGGAUAUGUUUCUGUCCUGAUGUAGCCAAGGAUCGAAGCACGGACCCGAUGCAGGGUACGUACAUAACGGCCAGUCGCGACGGCAUGAUCAACUGGUGGUCGCUCGACAUGGUGCUGCUCCGAACUGCCUUCUCUUCUAGCCCUCAUCUAAAAGUCCGCAUAACGUGGGUAACGGACUUGGUGUGUAUGCCAGAUGUAAACAUCAUAGUGACGAGCUCCACGGAGCGAGACCUUCGUUUCUAUGACUGCACAGCCAAGACUUUCACACUGAAGAUUGUCAUCACUAGUUGGGAGUUCAUGAUUUGCACAAUGUACUACCACUUCCACAAGGAUAUAAACGAGAAGUGCCUCCUGAUCUGCGGCGACGUGGGCGGCAACGUCCGAGUGCUGAUGUUUUCACCGAUCAAACGCGGACCGUUCCAGAACCAGCCGGGGAAGGCGCUCAUACAACUCCGACAUGUAGAUUUGCAGCGUAAGCCUCAACUGCUGCCAGCAAUGCAGCUAGUGGAACUGACCAGGGUCCACAGCGAUUGGGUUCGUCAAGUGUCGUACUACGAGUCCUUGCACUGUGUGGUGUCGUGCUCCACGUGUGUCGACUCCUUACUCAUGUGUGACAUCGCUGGCUCUAAAACUCAUAACAUGUUUAAAGUUGAAAAGGGCAUUCAAUGCUUCGCGUUCGACGAAGCCGCUCAUGUACUGGUAACGGGUGGUCCGGAUUGUGCAGUCCGAGUGUGGAAUCCUUUCGUUCCCAGUAAAUGUAAUGCAAUUCUGCUGGGCCACCACGCCGCCGUCACCAACAUCGUGCUGCAGAACAACGGUCAAACCGUCUACUCCCUCUCCAGAGACAGAAUUAUCAAAGUCUGGGAUGUACACGGACAAGUCUGCAUACAAACGUACAUCGACGUGCCAGCACAAGUGGGCGAGCGCACGCCCAUCACGGCGGUGUACAACCCGGUCAGCCGCGAGUACAUCCUCGCAGCCAUGAAGGUGGCCGUGCUCGUGCUGGACGAGCAGCUCAACCCGGCGCACACCGACGGCUUCACGCACUCGAGGGCCGUGGCCGAGGUGCUGUACAACCCGCUCUUCAAGGUCAUCAUCACUUGUGGAAUGGACAGCAUUAUUAUCAACUGGGAUCCAGCGACGGGAAAGCGAAACACUCUGAUCCGGGAUGCUCACACCCGUCUGCUCCAUGGAGAGUUGAUUCCAGUGGAAAUCACUGCAGCAUGCUUCGACCCUGGAUACCAACUCCUAUUGACGGGAGCCAGAAAUGGGUCGCUCAAGGUGUGGAACUUCAACACUGGAAUAUGUUUGAGGACCAUGAGUAUCGAACAUAUGUGCGAAGUAACCAGCUGCUUUUGGGUUGAAGGAAGGAUCUUGGCAGUGGGCUGGAAUCGUCACGUGACAGAGUUCGAAGAGACUGGCACCGGCAGCACCGGCAAGAGUUGGGAGACGCGGCACAGCGACGACGUGUUGGCUGCUGCAGCUCGACCUCCCCUGGCGCUUGCUACUGCUUCCUACAACUCUGAACUAUUGCUGUGGAAGCUGGAGACUGGACAGCCCUAUCGACGUUUUUCAUGCACGGAACCAACCCUUCGGAUCAAGAUGCAGUACUCCAAGCGUGAAGCUCGUGCCUCCUCCUCAGCCCAGUCCUCGUCGCCUGCUUCAAGACGGGCUUCUUCUAUGAGAAGACCCAGCAUGGUUGAACGUGAGUCCGUGAGUGCGUCGACAGCGAUGCGUAAGGCCUACGCUCGCAGAGUGUCGACUGUGUCUCUACCGGCCCGAGCCCAGCACAUGCGACAGUUGGCUGUUCAUGCAAUCAUCUUUUUACUCACCAGACCAUGCUCCAUGAACGUUGCAUCUCUAAUGCUCUCUCUGGAGAACGGUCAGGUCCAAGGUUGGUCGGAUCAUUCAGCCGGCGGAUACCAAGGCUCGUUCCAGGCCAUUCACACGGCUGGAGACUAUGUGUCGGCAUUCGCUACCGACACGAACAAUGACUAUCUCUUCACCGGUACCACAAUCGGGUAUAUCAAGGUUUGGCUCAUGAGAAACUAUCUGCGGAACGAAGAGGUCCACGUCUGUAUGCCGAAGCUACGUUUAGAGUUUCCGUUUCUAUGGCGGGACCGGCUGGAGGGCCGCGCCAAGCGCUGCGUUCGCCAGCAGCCGCUCCCGCUGUUGCUCAACAGCUACCGCGCACACCUGCGCUGCGUCACGACCCUCGCUUAUGUCGACGAACUCAAACUGUUGUUCAGCGGUAGCUCGGACUACAGCGUGCGAGUGUGGCGCCUGUCUGGUGAAUACUUGCACACGCUGGGCAGCUUCUUGCCCUGGAGUCUCGACCUUACAAGGUUCCCGCCUGACGUCAAGAAAGUUGCGAGUUUUACGACUUUUAAGGUGUGGCGCGGGGGCUACGUCUCCCGCUACGUGCCGGGGCAGGUGGAGGAGGACAAGCUGCGCGACAUCACCGAGCAGGAGCUGUGCCGGACGUACGGAGCCCCGCCCUCCGAGCCGCUACUCGGAAACUACUUCCACCUACCCUCGAGACCAGAUCGGCAGGAUCCUAUUGUUCUCGAUGACUCCCUGCCAACUAUCCCGGUGUACAGCGCGCUGCGCAUGGCGUCUAGCCAGCCCGUGCGGCGCGCCCGCACGCCGCCGCUCGUGCAGGCCCGGCGCACGCGGCUCCUCGGCACGCGCCGCACGCACUUCCAGCACGACCCACACCAACAUUGA